UGUUGAGUGGCAGUUCAAGUAGUAUGAGGCAGCUUCGGGGCGUUUUAGCAGCAGCGGCAGCAUAAGCGCCGCAACAUAAGCGGCUGGGAUUGGGACUAAUAAGCUCGCUCUGUGGGGCUUCUUAUAUCGAACGCAGAGGAAGCCACUUCCGUUCCAUGGCUAUGGCUUUUUGAUUUUUUGAAGCAGCCCCAAUCCUCUAGAGGAUUCCAGGUGCUGCUUCUAAUUGCGAUAAACGGUAAAACCAAUAUCCGGGAGUUUUGAGCGUCGAAACCCCACGAAUCUCCGCAGGAAAGUUGAAGACGACGAAGAAGAAGAAGAAGAAGAAGAAGAAGAAGAGAGGGGAGGAGAGAGAGUGAUGUACGGAUCUCCUCAGGGAGCGGGCACGCGGAAGGAUCUGAGCGGUCCGUUCCCACCGGCGUCGGCAUCGGAGGACUCCGACCUCCUCCUGCUCCACCGCCAUCACGAGCAGCAGCAGCAGAUGACGAGCUCCGGGUUGCUCCGCUACAAGUCGGCGCCGGGCGCCCUGCUCGGCGAAAUCGGCGACGACUUCUUCAACCCCGCAGCGGAGAGCGUGUUGAGCGACUUCUGGGACAAUUCGUCGAACAGUUUCCGGGCGCCGGAGCCGUCUCCGCAGCAGGAUCUCAUCCGCCAAACCAGCUUUCCUGCCCCACCCUUGCACUUCAACGUAGAAAAAGGACCCGGUCACAGCAGAGGCGGUGGCGGCGGUGGCUGCAGGACUUAUAAUCCAGUGGGUUUUCCCAAUAACAAUAACUCGUUGGAUCAAAACCGCUCGGGCCCCAGCCCUUCAGAUCUCCAGGAUCAGAAUGUAGGGGUGCAGAAGCACCAGGAUUUUGAGCUGGCCCACCAGCUCAGCCUCCCGCUGACCUCAUCGGAGUUGGCCGCCGCGGUCGACAAGUUCGGUCGGCAGUUCCAGGACGCAGUCCCUUGCAGGAUCCGCGCCAAGAGAGGCUGCGCCACCCACCCGCGGAGCAUCGCGGAGAGAGUGCGGCGAACUCGGAUCAGCGAGAGAAUGAGGAAGCUACAGGAGCUCGUUCCCAACAUGGACAAGCAGCAAACGAGCACUGCCGAAAUGCUAGAUUUGGCCGUUGACUACAUUAAAGACCUGGAGGAGAAAGUCAAGACGUUGAAGGAGAGCAUGUUUGGAUGCACGUGUUCUUCUAGCAAGAGCUAAAGCCCUAAAGCCCUGCUCCAAAACAAACACCAUGGAUACGGAAGUCAACGCAAUAGCAAGCGCCAAGCAGUGCCGACACAAUUAUAUAUCAACUGCUGAAGGGAGAUAUUCUUAAACUUGGUCGCCAUUCGCUGUUGAAUUUGACUAGAUUUGAUGAAUCGGAUUUGUGGUAGCAAUAACUCUCUUAACGAUGUUAUCCCGUAAAGAUGGCACUUAUCUUGAACUUCUCGUAUGUAUAUCAAUCCAGACUAGCUAUCGACCGAUAUUUAUCGUUGGUUCAAAACUGAAAUGUCAAGAUAAAAAUUGAAGAAUGGAAUAGAACGGACACUACACGAAGUUUUCUUAGGGCUAUCUGUAGAUAGUACAGAAGUGUUUUGAAAGGAUAGAGAUUGGUGAGCUGAACAAAUGUAUAGUGUUUCUUGCUUUGGUAAGUUGAAUGCAUCUGCCACCAUGUUGUGUGUAUAUAUGUACCUGUUUCAAGUAUUAAAGUUCGUUGAACACUAGCUUCUUUUGUA